GAGAAAACGUUUAAAGGACAUUAAAUCACCAAAUGUGUAGUAUAAGAUACUAGUCAACCAAACAAAAAUAAUGUGAGACUCCCUUAGACUUAACCAAAUUCAAAUGAAAUACGAAAAUAUUUUCAUCAUUCUAGCAUACAUAACAGGGAUAAGGGUCAGAUAAGGCCUCGAACUUGAAAAAAAAUGUCAAAUAAGACCAUAUUUAGGAUGCUCUGUCCGGCCGACGCCAUUUGGGGUGGUUCCCGGUGGAAUUUUUUGAUGAUUUUUUUUUAGAAUCUUAUUCAUUAAAUCUAGUUUACUCAUAUCAAAUUUGAACUAACAAUUCAAUCUGGAAGGCAUUCAAAUAAAUUCAUAAAGAUAACUGCGCUUUUAACGGUACAGUUAUCUUCAAGAAUUUAUUUGAAUGCCUUCCCAAUUAUUUGAUAUGAGUACACUAGACUUAAUGAAUAAGAUUCUCAAAAGAUUUCAUCAAAAAAUUCUACCGGGAACCACCUCAAAUGGCGUCGCCCGGACAGAGCAUCCUAAAUAUGGCCUUAUUUGACAUUUUUUUUCAAGUUCGAGACCCUAUCUGACCCUUAUCUCUACAUAAUAAUAUGACAUUCUCAAAGUAACGUGUUAUUCCGUGAACCAAACUGGGUGUUAGGGUUUAAGGAGAGAAUUGGGUUCCGUAGAGUAAUGGUGGACACGAAGCACCUACAUUUCGGUGUGUAAUAAUCAACUCGGAAUCGCGCGUCAUCAGCGCCCAUUUCUCCACAUCCAUCCACGUGGCACGCCUUUAGACAGUAUCCGUCAGCUUUCCAGGAGCGGUUGCCGCAAAACGGCAGUCGUUUCGCCUUUAUCAACCCUUACCCAUUCUCUAAACAAUUGGCGCGGUUGGAUUUUACAUUAAUGCCCUCCACGUCUUCCGUAAUUACCAUCCGGCCAUCGUCUUCCCCUUGCUAUAAAUCCAGGCUUAAACAAUCUCUAGGUUUGCCAAACUGAAGACCCUCAGGGCACUUCAAAAGAAAUCUUCCUCCAGAUUUGUUUCGUUUCUGUUUUUUUCUGUUAUUUUUGUUUUCCAAAUCUUAUAUCUCUAGAUUUCAGAAAUGUCCACUUCUUCUAGAAAAUCUCUAAGGUCGAGCUUUCAGCGCUCCCUCUCGCCGUCCGGCCGGUUCUUUGCUCCGAUGACUGAUAAAGAUGUCUCAUCUUUCGCGUCAUCGACCAGCUCCAGCUUCUGCUCUUCUCCUUCCACCGGUUACUUCAAUAGAUCUGCGUCCCCAACGCGUGUCAAUCUCCACGGAUUUGCGCCACCGACGCCGUCCGUUCGUUUCUCUAUCGACCGAUCUAUCUCCCCACGCCGUUCGGUGGCGGUCUCUCACCGAGAUCAGGUGGUCCGGAAGCAGAGCAUUGGAAAUCCGUUGGCGAAUCUCCCGAAGAAGACGUGUAUGUGCUCUCCGACGACGCAUCCAGGUUCGUUUCGUUGUAGUUUGCACAAGAACUUGAACAACAGGCCGUCGAUUUCUUACUCGCCGAACCGGUUGAACGCCAGGAGGUCAGCGAUGACGAACUCACUGGUUCGGAUCGGGACCGUGGAGGGAGAUUUGGUGAAGCGUGCUUUGGCUGCCCUCAUCCGGCCUUCUUCACAUCAGCAAAGGCGCCGUGGAGAUUUCCAGCCUAGACCGAGCCGGCUUUCAAGGAUGACGAAAGCGGAUGAUCUGUGAGUGAGUUCCUGGUACAGGUCUGUAUUGAUUUGAACUGUUUUGUUGAGUGUUCCGGCGGUGGCGUCAGAUUCCGGCUGCGGUUUUUUAGUACUCCGAUGAAUCAAAGCCCUAGCGAACAGAUACAGUUUUGGCAUUUUCACGGAAGAUCCCCCACUUGUAGAUAUGUAUUGCAGCAAACUGAUACCAAUCGAAGGACAUUGUGAACUUUUGCAACCACUUAAAAAACUAAAAUGAAUUAUCUGAUUGAUCUUCAAUCUAAAUUUGUAAAACCGGAAUUCAGUUCAUUGAGAAAUACGUGAGGAUUGAUUGCUUGAUUAUAUGGAUUGAAUGGAGUUUUGUGUGUGUGGCGUUCGUUUCGUUGUUUUACGGCGACGUUUUCCGCCGUUUCUCUGUUUCACCGUUUGGAUUCGCCGUGGUAUGCGUUUGGUUUUCGUGUUCAAAGUUAGGUUUGUGCAGGAAUGGCGUCAUGGAGUGGAAUUCAUUGAAUUUGAAAAUUGAAGAUUGGACAAGGGAUUAUAUCCUUCGGACUUUGGACUUAUCUUGAAAGGAAACCUACCUGUGCUGAACUGGAAAUGUAGAGAUAGUGGGACAUUGUUCAUCUUCUUAAAAAUUGGGGAACCAUACACUCUUUACCUAAGAAGGCAAUUGAAAAUUGAUUUAACCUAAAAGUUCUAUAUGGAGUACAAGAUUGUUUUUCACUCAUAAUCUUCAAAUCGAUAAGAAAUUAUCAUUGAAAUACGGAUAAUAAAGUAACAAAAGAGAAUACUUUAUCCAUUGUACUAUUGUUGGACCGUUGGCAC